AGAGAGAGUUGGACAGAGUUUUACUUUCUGAGUUCCUCCCAGUCUAGAGACGCCCAACUCUAAGCUGGGUGCAUUCCUCUUUACUUGCACUGAAAAAAAAAAUUCCCCCAAAAUCGUACUGUUCCCCAUUUCUCGUCUUAGCUGUUGGUGGAUCAUGUGGAAAAGAAAGGGCCAGGACGGACUGCUGAAGGAACAUUAAUUUUUUUUUGAAGAUCUCGGUGUCUUUUCACGGGAAAGUUCAGACCAUUAAGGCAGGUGUGGUUGCUGAUCUGCAGACAGAAAAUGCUCCCUACAUUUCUCACGUUGCUGCUGUUUGCCUGGGGACUUGUUGACCCGGUGAGAAGUCAGUUGACUGAUAACAGGCCGAUCCAGCCUACUCCUAGUCCAGAUGGGUGUACAGGGAAGCAGGAAUGUCCGGUGAGUGUGUACUUUGUCCUUGACACUUCGGAGAGCGUGGCCCUGCAGACUCGUAUCCAAGGCGACCUGGUCAGCAACAUCAAAUCCUUCACCAAGAACUUUGUGAACAAGGCGGUGAAUGGAGCAUUCAAGAACAAGGUGAAAAUCACCUGGGAGUUUGGGGGCCUGCACUUCUCCGACCGGGUGGAAGAAUUCAGCCCGAUAACCGCCAGCAAAGCUGACUUCCUCGCUGCUCUGGACCGCAUUGAUUACAUUGGCCGUGGCACUUUCACGGACUGUGCCUUGAAAGAUAUGACAGACAAUGUAAAGCAGCAAUCCCGGCCCGAUUCCCGGAUCCAUUUUGCCAUCGUCGUCACUGAUGGUCACGUGACAGGGAGCCCUUGCGGCGGCGUACAGGCCAUGGCAGAGAGAGCCAGGGACGCUGGCAUCAAGGUGUUUGCUGUGUCGACUGAUGAUUUCAGAGAUGUGCUGAGUUACAAGCAGGUCCUCAAGGCCAUUGCCAACUUGCCACAUGAGCUCUAUCGAAAUAAUUACACAGCCACCUCUGCAUUUGGUAGUGCACGGCCAGACAGGACAAUUGAUCGGAUCAUUCAAGUUAUGAAAACAGAGUCCUUCAAUAAGUGCUAUAAAAUGAAGUGUCUGGAAUAUCCAGGUGGCACUGGCUUGAAGGGAUUCAAAGGGCGAAAGGGAGAAAAGGGAAGAACUGGUGACACUGGUGAUCCAGGUCCAGAAGGACGGCAGGGUGAUCCUGGUAUCGAAGGCCCCAUUGGAUUCCCUGGUCCUAAGGGUUAUCCAGGCAUGACUGGUGAAAAGGGUGAGAUUGGAAUUGAAGGAAAGAAGGGUACUGCUGGAUUGCCAGGUCAAGAUGGGAUUAAUGGACAGAAGGGAAAACUUGGACGUAUUGGACCUCCAGGAUGCAAAGGAGACCCUGGUGACAUGGGAGCCCCUGGUUAUCCUGGAGAAGCUGGUGAGCGAGGAUUUUCUGGUGACCCUGGGCCUAAGGGAGAUGUUGGGCGAUCAGGAAGAAGUGGACCUCCCGGCAGUCAAGGAGACAAAGGUCCUAAAGGGCCAGUGGGACCUGCUGGACGUCCAGGGCUAAUGGGUCAGAAGGGUACAAAGGGUGGCAAAGGACCUCCUGGGCCCAAAGGAGACGUGGGUCGCAGAGGUGACCUUGGAGCCAAAGGCGGUCCUGGACCCAAAGGAAAUCUGGGAGAAAAGGGAGAUGUUGGAAAUGAAGGUGUGCGAGGAUUGCCAGGUGAAGCUGGAUUAAAAGGUGAAAAGGGAGAUAUCGGCCUCCCAGGACCAAGAGGAGGCCCAGGCUUGCCAGGAGGAGCAGGCUUGAACGGAUCACGAGGAGAUGCGGGUGAGGUUGGACCAAGGGGUGAUACUGGGCCGCCAGGUCCUAAGGGUGACAAAGGAAGACAAGGAUUCAGCUUCCCUGGACCCAGAGGAGAGCAGGGGGAUGAGGGAGUGGAAGGACCAAAUGGAUAUAUGGGCGUCAAAGGGGAAAUGGGAUAUAAAGGAGAGCAGGGUCUUAAGGGCAUCCCUGGUGAACCAGGUGAUCCUGGACCAAUUGGUGAGCCAGGAGAGAGAGGGCCCCCCGGAGACCCAGGCAGGGAGGGUACUCAUGGACCUCCAGGAGACGCUGGUCUAACAGACUGUGAUGUGAUGACUUAUGUCAGGGAGACGUGUGGAUGUUGUGACUGUGAAAAGCAGUGUGGGCCGCUGGAUAUUGUAUUUGUGAUUGACAGCUCAGAGAGUAUUGGGCUGACCAACUUUACCCUGGAAAAGAAUUUUGUCAUCAAUACUGUUAGCCGAUUGGGCAUGUUAGCCAAGGAUCCCAAAUCCAAAACAGGAGCCCGUGUUGGUGUAGUCCAGUACAGUCACGAAGGAACAUUUGAAGCUGUGCAGCUGAACGAUCCAAAAAUAAACUCGCUCUCGUCCUUCAAGGAGGCAGUGAAGAAGCUGGAGUGGAUAGCAGGCGGCACGUGGACCCCCUCUGCCCUCAAAUUUGCGUACGACACGCUGAUUAAAGCCAACAAGCGCGAUAGGGCGAAGGUCUUUGCUGUGGUGAUCACGGACGGCCGGCACGACCCACGGGAUGAUGACGCAUUGCUCAAGUCCCUGUGCAAGGGCGAUGUCAUAGUCAAUGCCAUUGGCAUCGGGGACAUGUUUGCCAGGGCACAGGACGACGAAACGCUGAAGUCGAUCGCCUGCGAGCAGGACGGGCGGGUGCAAAAGAUGAACCUCUUUGCAGACCUGGUGGCCGAAGAGUUCAUUGACCAGAUGGAGGAACUGCUGUGCCCCGACCCUGAGAUUAUCUGUCCUGAUCUCCCCUGUAAAACAGAACUCGCAGUGGCCCCGUGCAUGCAGCGCCCAGUGGAACUGGUCUUCAUGAUCGAUGGCUCGGAGAGAAUGGGCACCACCAACUUCCGGCACGUGCGGGAAUUCGUCGAGAAGGUGGCGACCACAAUGCCCCUGGCCCAGAGCAACAGUGAUGCCAUGCGGGCUCGCAUCGCCGUCCUGCAGUACGGCAGCGAGGAUGAGCAGCAGCUGGUCUUUGGACUCAGCCACAACCUGACCGCCAUCCUCGACCCCCUGGCCGCCAUGAGCUACCUGGACUCGUCCUCCAGCGUGGGCUCCGCCAUCAUCUAUGGCAUCCGCAACCUGGUCCAGGCUGCCCGGCGAGGGGCCGAGCUCUCCUUUGUCUUCAUCACUGACGGCACCAGUGGCAACAAGAGCCUCGGUGAGGCGGUAGACUCCAUGCGCAAGCACAACGUUGUGCCCACAGUGAUUGCCGUGGGGCCAGAAGUAGACAUGGACAUCCUGCUGCAGAUAGGGUUAGGGGAGAGGGCGGCCAUCUAUCGAGCUGCAGACUACUCCCACAUCCUGCAGACCAGCUUCUUCAACAGAUUGUACAAGUGGAUCUGUUAAGGACUUCAAAUCCGGCAUUCUGCUGUCCCCCGAGAGAUUCACAUAAAGUCGAUCCCCGAAUAUCUUUCUGUUCUUAGUUUAUGUUAUUCAGGAAAAGGGUAAAACAAGGUGCUUCUUUUUUUAAAUAUAUAUAUCGAUUAUUUUUUACCAUUGUCUUUUUAUUUUCCAUUUAUGCAUUUCAAGCUUGCUAGGCCCCAGGAGAAAACCUGCUCGGGUUGCCCACACUCUGCUUGGACGGGUCCCUGGCCGCUUCAUCAGAUGGACCCACCCGCUCCUUCCAAACUCUCAACCCGAUUGGCAGGCAACAUGUCCAUCCUCGUAGGCCACCGCCCUCCCUGCCAAUUGGAAAAAUGAGCGGAUAACUCAUGACGUGAUUGGCUGAUACUCGGUUGUCAGUCAAAUGGAAGGUGCUCAAAGAUCAUUUUAAUUUUUUUUUAAAAAAAACAGCUAUUUUUAAUGCCACUAGAAUAUUUUUUUCCCCGGGUCACUGGAAUGUAAAUCUCGAGUUCUUGGAAGUUUCAUGAUAAUCCCGCAGUGUUGGCAACCCGACAGCUUGCCAGACGAUCAAACACUUCCUUUCUCUUGUGCUAAGGCUAGCACUGCCUCAGCCAUUUUGUUUCUUGUAACAUUUUAUAAGCGGCAUCGUUUCGAAGUGUGCACUUAUCAUUUUAUUUUUUCGCAAGCCAUGGAGCUGGAAGUUUUCUAGAAGAUCCAAAAAGCAUCACUUGACACCGAGGCCAGCACCUCGGAUUAAAACUUCCUGCCCCUCCCCCUCCCCUGCCAACAACGGGGGCUGCGAUAAAGGGCUAAUGCUCCAGGUAGGCCCCGGCACCUUACCACAAAAGCCAAGUACUGCAGAUGCUGGAAAUCUAAAAUCGAGGCAGAAAGUGCUGGAUAUACUCAACAGGUCGGUCAGCGCCCGUGGAGGGAGAAACAGAGUUGAUGUGUCAGGCCGAUAACCAACAAAAAGGUCAUUGACCUUAAACAUUAAAUCUGUUUUGCUCUUCACGUGCUAUCUAACCUGCUUCAGCAUCUUACUGUUGUCCUUCCUCCUUUUCCUGAUUAACCCCUUCCUUACAAAACACACGUGGAACACACAACCCCAAAACCCAGUGUCUUAUCUCACCACCGCAACCCCCCCCCACCGCCCCCAAAUCCCUGACCAAGAAAGGGAUUUGGCUCUUAAUCGUUAACGCUGCCCACGUGCGCCUCAAAAGCAAUGUGGCCUGGCCUGAGAAAGAGGGUAGAGUCCCCACGACUGAAAACGUUUUGUGUUUAAAACAGGCAGUCACUUAAGAUUAACCAAAAAGCAAUGACCAUUAAACUUUGCAUUAACAUCGGUUUCAACCGGGUUUACUGAUCAGUUCACACUGAAUGUGACAACCCAAAUCACACCUCAUUAAGGUGCACUUACACUUUGUGUACAUAAACCCUCUUAACCCAACAACCCCCCCCCCUCCCCAACCCCCGUGUGGGUUUGUCCUGAGCAUUGACUGCAGUUUUAAUAAAGCUAUUUACGUAGCUUGCAAUCUUGUAUAGUUUAUUUAUGAUCUACAAUAUCCAUGUUGUACAGUAGAGUACUGUAACAGCACUUCCACAUUACACCAGCCGUCAGGUAUAGUGGGCAAAUUGUGCACAUAAUCGUUUACUGGGGUGGGACUGGACAAGUAAAAGGGGAGAGAAUGGAAGCCCAUCCCUAAACUUAGCGAUUGAUCUGAAUCCCCCAAGAUCCCCAAGUUUACACUUUUGAAGGAGGCCAUUUUCUUUUGCCAUAGGUUAUUUUUGGGGGGGGGAGGGGUGGCUGUGGGGAGAUUGCCAUGACAUGCUCCCCUCUUGCCAGCAGGUGGUGGUGUUGCACAGUGUGUUACAAGAGGCUUGCCUUACCUGCACUUUUAAGCUCAGUUAAAAGAGAUUCAAACAAAUGUUCCUUCUUUUCAGAAAAACGGCUUGUGAAAGUUUGAAAUCUCAGGGUGAGAAAGGGAAAGUGCACAUCCAGUAAGCCGGCAGCUGAAAGAGAACUCUGGGGUUAAAGUUCCAGCUGUGACCUCCCCCCUCAGGGCCGCUGUUCCACUGAAAAAUUGCCCCUAAGUAAGUAUCCAUUUCAGACACUGGCAGAUCUUCCACGGGCCUGCUGGCAUCUUAGUUGUUUCAUUUUUCUUUUAGUGCACGGCGACUUUGUAUUGGCCCCUGUACUCACCGAAUGAAAACUGAGCCCGUAGCAGGCCCGGAGUGAGCCUUGCUUGGGUGCUCAAUCGGGCACUGAGUCUGCACUGGUGCUGCGGACCUGCCGUAACUACAUCACCAGCGCGGAGUGCCAGAGCUCUGUAGCCAAUGCUUACGACCGUUCUCUUGAAUCAAACUGUCACCCGCUGGUUCAUGCUUUCUCACCACCCUCCCAAUCCUGCCCGCCCACCCUGUAACAUGAAGUGACUGUACCAGUGCCAGCUCUCUGCCCUGGCACUGGUCUCAGCGAGGUCCUGCCAUCCCACUGAGACCCUCAGCCUUCCUUGGGUGAAACAGUCACACUUUGUCACCAAGCUCCUGUGAAUUUGUGCCUAUCUUGUAUUGAAAACCACAAAGCUUUGUAAUAUAUAUUUCUAGUGAACGUUCAUACAAUGAAGUAGUCCAUGUCAAUUGUUCUUAAAAAAUGUUUUUUUUCAUACGGUUUGCUGCAUCCAAAUUUGAAUCGUCUGUACUGAAUUUAAAAACCAAUAAAUGGAUUUUCCAAAAA